UAUUUUAUGUAACAUACAACUAUUUAAAUUAAAGUGUGACCACAGGCUGUGAAAAUAAAUAUUCAGCACUACAAAACAGAUGGGAUAUUCUUAGAAACACUUUUUGUUUCAGUAAAUCCAGUGUGAUGUGGCAACACGCUGUCACACACUAUCACAAAAGUGUGGGACGGACCACAGGUGCCUUUCUGACCACUGCCAAGCUCAGCAGAGAGUCCACAUCAAAUGAAGGUCAGCUCAGGGUAUAAAAGAAUGAGAUGUGCAUUUAGAAAUGUCGAGACGCUGCAGACAUGCUCGUGUUUCUGCUGUUCACCACUCUCACAGCCACAGUGCUGGCUGAGUUGAAGCUUCAGUCCAGCGACUCAGAGAGCAGCACUGCAGGAAGAGUUGUAGGAGGUGAAGAGGUGCCUCAUCACACCUCCUGGCCUUGGCAGGUCUCUCUCCAGUACUUCUCUGACGGCUCCUAUCACCAUUUCUGUGGAGGAACGCUUAUCAGGAGAGGAUGGGUCAUGACUGCUGCUCACUGUGUGUACAGUUCCAGCUCUUUGCGUGUGGUCCUUGGUGAUCUUAUCCUGCACCACAGCCAUGGAACGGAGCAAUUCAAGAGUGUCAUAAAUGUUCAUAUCCAUCCCGAAUGGAACAAUGACAGCAUCUCCUCUGGUAAUGACAUCGCCCUGUUGCAGCUGUCUUCUGAGGCCUCAUUGAACGCUUACGUGGGGCUGGCUUCGCUGCCUCCUUUUGGCGAGAUCCUGCCCCAUAACUACCCCUGCUACCUCACUGGAUAUGGACGCACCUCCACUGGUGGAGCGAUGCCUACCAGAAUGAGGCAGGUCUACCUUCCUACUGUCGACCACGAGACCUGCACCAGCUCCGGCUGGUGGGGCAGCACCGUCAAGACCACCAUGAUCUGUGCUGGAGGAGGUGCUCAGUCAGGAUGCAACGGUGACUUUGGUGGCCCUCUUAGCUGCAGAGUUAACAACAGUUGGUAUGUCCAUGGGAUAGCCAGCUUUGUGUCCGGUAUGGGCUGCAACGCGCCCCAGAAGCCCACUGUCUUCACCCGCGUCUCCGCCUACAUCGCAUGGAUGAACUCGGUCAUGAACAAUCCUUGAAAUGGAUCAAUUCUUUGCUACAGAAACUACUCUGAACUGAGCGUGUUUUUCAUCUGCAACUAAUUGUGCUGGUCAAAUAUUCUACAAAUAAAAAAGAACUUGUUCAAAAUCUA